UAUAAACAUUCAAUUCAAAUUAUUAUUGAAUGAAUUAACAAUUUAUAUCUAUACCGAUUUUCCAAAUUUUAACAAUCAUCACCAUCAACAAAAACCGAUCAACUCUCAUGGUUUUGUGCCUUUCAGAAACAAAACGAGCUGACAGAUUUGGCAACUGUGUUAAGAGUUAUUAAAUAUUCGUUUAACCCAAUGGUUAAAUAGCUUUGAAUUCGUGUGAAAACUUUGAAGAAGUUAAUAUGGACAUUCAACUUUUAUAGUUUCUUAAAACUAUUUCGUUUUAGGUGAAUAUUUGAAAAUCGAAAUUUCUUGAAGUCGAAGCAAAGUUUGAGUGUUAUUUGGUAGAGGCACCACAGCAAAGGGAUGAAAGAGAUGGAACUUUUUAAGGCCCCUCCUGAACGUCAGCAUGUUCCAUAAUACUUGCAUUGUCCCAAAAAGAUGAAAUAUGGAAUUAAUCUUAAAAAACACAAUAAAAAUAGGAAACAUUUCAUGAAUGGUAACAUAAAAUAUUGUUUGCAAGUCCGGUAAUGAUCUGCGAAAAAGUGAAAUAGCAAUGGAGUUUGAUCUCAACAGCCUGCACUUGAUGUCGCUUCAAGAGCUUGCUAUAAGGAGAUUAGCUGUACAGUUGUGCAAUCAACCCCAGAUGCUUGCGUAUGCUGUGAAAAUAGAUCCAGAUGCACGAUAUGAAAAGGAACACGAAACAACAAUGUACGAUUUGUUAAAAGAUCUUUUGACUGAAGUUCCGCUUCCACCAUCGAUGAAACACGAGUUAUUCAGUUUAAUGAAAUCUGUUUCCAGAGAAAUAAUAAAGUGGUUGGAACUCCAUGAAUGUUAUUUGGAUCCGUAUAACCUAAACGUGUGUGAAAUGGAGAAUUUGGAACACCUGUGCUGGACUAGCUUGGGGAGUGUUGAUUAUCGAGAAACAGCCGUCGCACUCAUUCGCCACAAAAAGCUGGGCAUGACACAACGUUACAAGCUGGCUUGUCUGUACUGCUUAGAAGAGGACAUCAUAGAGCUUUGGCGAAAGAUGCCCGAAAAAAGCAGAAAGUCCUAUUAUGAUGCCGACCCUGCGAAUCUCAAGCAGCCAGAUUUAGUUAUUAUUUGGACAUUCAUCCUAGAAGGGGAAGUAGACAACUUUCUUAGAUACCUUGCAGAAAGAGGUAUUUUCCGCCCCUCCAUGAAUCACCUUGCGUUCGAAUGUGCUGCAACCCGCGGUUACAGAACGGCUGCUCAAUACUUUUAUGAAAAGUUAACGUUCGAUGAAAGAGAAGAUUUAUUGCUAAACACCGCCAUUUCUGUAGCAGGACGACGUUCAAACGAUUAUUACUUUUACAUGGAUGAACGCCAACAAUUUGGCGACGUUUUGUGCUAUUUGAUGUCCGUGAUGCAGCCGGAACAGCUUCGAACCUUAAUUAGUCGCCACCCUUGUGAGACCUUGAAGUGCGUGUUGGAUUGGCCUAGGCAAGAUGCAUUUAUCGAGCUUGCAAAAUCCGUAUUUCCUGGGCUUUCAAAACCCACUUACAUCCGGGUGCUUUCAUAUCUCUCCCGAAACAGUUCUUGGGGUUAUAAUCAUUCGAAGAUAUUUCAGGAAUUUUUCAUGCUUAGCCCCAGUGAUCUCAGUUAUGCGCUGCAAAUCUACAACGACAUGUUGCAAGAUUUUUUUCGAAGUGACGACAUAGAAACUGUCAAAUUUCUUUUCAGACGUAUGGACGAUCAGGAAAAAGAUGCUCAUGUUUUGGGAUCUGCUGGGAGGAGCAUUUACUACGAACUAGUCAAGGAGGGUAAGUGGGAUUUGAUGAAACUUUACCUCGAAGAGGUCCAAAUGUCCAGAGGAGACAGGCGGAGGAUUGUCAAAUAUUUCAGUAGAAGUCGUGCGUUGCGUCUGGAGAAGGAGGAAUUCCAGCGUUUCAAAGAUUUCAUGAAUAACACUGAUUUCGACAUUCAAGAAGAAGAAAGUAGAGGCCUGGAGACCGUAAGAAAAUGUUUAAUGCCUUUAAAAUCAGUAUACGAUAAGUGUAAGUAUUUCCUUUUUCGAUAAAUUUCACGCAUGCAAGUAUUGUAAAAUGCAAAUGGUAACAUUGUUGUGUCACAUCGCAACCCAUAUACUUUCCUCUUUAAUGGGGGAGACUUUUAAAACUGUUUUUGCGUGAAAACAAAAACGUUAUUGUAAAAAUAUUUAAAUUUUACCAGAAAAUCCGAUUUGUAUUUACCUCGACGAAUGAAGUAAUGUGAAACUUUUUAUUUGUCCUUUCCAUGUGUUCGUGCAUAAAGCAUUACAAAAUAUGUAUGUACACAUUUGAUGUUUGGUGCAUAUUAGUGUAUAGAUGUGUUCAAAUCUUUUUACGAAUUAUUUUAAAAUUGUUGAUGUUAAAAUUUUCAGAAAAAAAUUUAUAUGUAGCAAAAUUUUGUAAAUGCAAAUUAUAUCGUUGUUGUGUGACAUCGCAAAGCAACUACAUUACUUUGUAAUGCGGCGAUUUUUUAAAACCGUUUUCGUGUAGAAACUAAAAUUUUAUUGUAAAAAUAUUUCAGUUUUACCUGAAUAUUUAAUCUGAAUUUAUAUCGAAGAAUCAAUCUCUGUUAACUUUUUAUUUAUUCUUUCCAAGUGUUAGUAUAUAAUGCAUUAUAAAAUAUAUGUCUACACAUUUGAUGGUUGUUGUAUAUUCAUGUAUAGACGUGUAAUAAUCUUAGUAUGAAUUAUUCUGAAAUUGUUGAUGUUAAAAUUUUCAGAAAAAUUUUAUGUGUGAUAACAUUUUGUAACAUGAAAAUUCUAUCAUUGUUGUGUCACAUCUGAAAGCAAAUGCAUUUCUUUUUAAUGCGGCGAAUUUUAAAACAGUUUUUGUGCGAAAACUAAAAUUUUAUUCUAAAAAUAUUUUAUUUUGCCAGAAAAUUUAAUUUGAAUUGAUUUCGAAGAAUCAAGUUCUUUUAACAUUUUGUUUGUUCUUUCCAAAAGUUUGUGCAUAAAGCAUUACAAAAUGUAUGUCUACACAUUUGAUGUUUGGUGCAUAUUAGUGUAUCGACGUGUACUAAUCUUGAUAUGGAUUAUUUUGAAAUUGUUGAUAUUAAAACUGUCAGAGAAAUUUUAUGUGUAAUUAAAAUU